GCUAGUGGGGACUUAGUACUAACGUUUAUUGUACCUGCAAAUGCGUCGUGCUACGCAUUUAUGAUGAUUUUUUAGUGGAAGGUCAAAAUAUAUUACAUUAACUAUUUGUGAUUUUUUAUUCAUUGGGCAUGUAUUAUUAUUAUAUUAUUCCGACAACAAGCAACCAUGAAUCGCGAAGUGAAAUAUAUGAACUAUGCUCUGUGUUUGACCGUGUUUGUUACGGGAGUUUUAUGUAAUUUAGAUAGUACAAAUAAUAUUAAGGAGUCAGAUUCAUUACACACCGUUGUCACACAUCGACUGAGAAGAGCUAUAUGUCCUAUCAAUAGUGAAUGUGUACCUUUAGGUUCAUGCCCACUUCUUUCUAAUCUCUUAAGUAACGACUGUGUGAGAUCAGACAAACUAGGUGAACUUAGUUGUGGCUUUCAAGGUUCCGGAUUGGUAUGUUGUCCGAGCGUGGAGAGCCACGGGGAGCAGGACAAAAUAAGUACACCUGGGAAAUAUGUAGAUGGAGUGAAAUGUGGCCAAUCACAGGUCGAGGGUGAAGAUUAUGAUGGGAUUGGGGCGUACCCGUGGGUAGCACGUAUCGGAUUUCGAAAUGUUUUAACAGGAGAAAUAAAAUAUCCUUGCACAGGAUCAAUAAUAAGUAACAAAGUGAUUCUAACUGCAGCCCACUGUGCUCUAGCCAAAGCAGAAAAUUAUAAAUUAUAUUCAGUCAGAGUUGGUGAAUGGCAAACUAACACCGACAUUGACUGUGGAGAAGAAUUUUGUGGUCUUCCUGUUCAAGAUAUUCCAAUAGGACAUGUAAUUGUUCAUCCAGGAUACCAAAAGCAGACAUACAGACACAAUAUAGCCUUAAUGGUCUUGAAAAAUAAAAUAAAAUACGGAGUGACAGCCCAGCCUAUCUGUCUGCCGGAAUCCUGGUCAGUCACAAGCAACAAUGGCGUUCUAGUAGGCUGGGGAAAAACAGCUGGACAAACUGAAAGUCCAUACCGCCAACAAACCUUAUUCCUUCCAAUUGUGAGUCUGAGACAAUGUGAGAAAAUUUAUGGUAAAACAUUACCGGUAUCUGAAGAGCAGGUGUGUGCAGGCGGUGAUCGAGGUCAAGAUGCUUGUAGUGGAUUUGGGGGUGCACCACUUCUUGUUAAACAUAGCUCAACAUAUUAUCAGGUUGGCAUCCUUUCCUUUGGUUCAGACCAAUGUGGAGCAGCAGGUGUUCCCAGCGUCUAUACUAACAUCAAAAAAUAUAUUACUUGGAUCAGAGAAAACUCUCCGCAAAUUAUAUAAUUUUUAGUAUAUUUUCUACUUAGUCAACUUUGUAAAUUUUAUUUCUAAAUUUAAUUUUACACCUAAUUGUGUUUUAUAUUUUUAUAUGAUUUAUUUAUACGAGAUCCAAAAAAAUCACAUCUAUAGAUACUACAUAUUUUCUGUGAUUUAUAAAAUAUAGUAUUAUUGGUAUUAUAUAAAUUAAGUUUUUAUUAAUUUGUAAUUUUUUUUUGUUCACAAAAUUUGUUCUGCAAAUUCUAAGACUACAGUAAAUAAUAAAAUAAAACUACAGCAUA